AUGGCUGGAGCGGGGCCGCUCCCGGGACUCCCGGGUGCAGGAGGACCCGUGGUCCCGGGCCCUGGCGCCAGCAUUCCGGGCAAGAGCGGCGAAGAACGUCUGAAGGAGAUGGAGGCGGAGAUGGCUCUGUUUGAGCAGGAAGUUCUGGGAGCUCCGAUAACCGGAAUCCCAACUGCCAUGCCUGCAGUGCCUACGGUCCCCACAGUAGAAGCAAUGCAGGUCCCAACAGCUCCUGUGAUCCGCCCGAUUAUCGCGACCAACACAUACCAGCAGGUCCAACAAACUCUGGAGGCCCGGGCAGCUGCUGCAGCCACAGUGGUUUCUCCCAUGGUGGGUGGCUCUCCUUUUGUGGGUCCAGUUGGCUUUGGCCCUGGUGAUCGGAGUCACCUGGAAAGUCCAGAGGCUCGAGAAGCGAUGUUUUUGAGACGAGCAGCUGUGGCCCCCCAGAGGGCCCCUAUCCUGCGUCCGGCCUUCGUCCCCCAUGUGCUUCAGAGAGCAGCAGGUGGCCCUCGCCCUAUGGCGCUGCGGCCCCCUCACCAGGCCCUCGUGGGCCCCCCUCUAUCUGGCCCCCCUGGACCACCUAUGAUGCUACCACCGAUGGCUCGGGCCCAGGGCCCUCCCCUGGGCUCCAUGGCUGCUCUGAGGCCUCCCCUGGAAGAGCCAGCAACAUCCCGAGAGCUGGGCCUAGGCCUGGGGUUGGGCCUUAAAGAAAAGGAGGAGUCAGUGGUGGCAGCAGCAACUGGGCUGGAGGAUGCUGGUGCAGCAGUAGCUGUGGGAGCAGGAGGCACCCCAACUGGCCCUGCCGUCAUUGGACCCACCCUACCACUGGCCCUGGCCAUGCCUUUGCCUGAGCCUGAGCCCUUGCCCCUCCCUCUGGAAGUUGUGCGAGGCCUGCUGCCCCCACUACGCAUUCCUGAGCUCCUGUCCUUGCGUCCACGGCCCCGGCCCCCGAGGGCUGAGCCACCCCCUGGCCUCAUGGCUCUUGAGGUCCCAGAGCCAUUGGGUGAGGACAAGAAGAAAGGAAAGCCAGAGAAAUUAAAACGAUGCAUUCGCACAGCAGCUGGAAGCAGCUGGGAAGAUCCCAGCUUGCUGGAGUGGGAUGCAGAUGAUUUCCGGAUCUUCUGUGGGGAUCUGGGCAAUGAAGUGAAUGAUGACAUCUUGGCACGCGCCUUCAGCCGCUUCCCAUCCUUCCUUAAGGCUAAAGUGAUCCGUGACAAGCGCACAGGCAAGACCAAGGGCUAUGGCUUCGUUAGCUUUAAGGACCCCAGCGACUAUGUUCGAGCCAUGCGUGAGAUGAAUGGGAAGUAUGUGGGCUCACGCCCCAUCAAGCUGCGCAAGAGCAUGUGGAAGGACCGGAACCUGGAUGUGGUGCGCAAGAAGCAGAAAGAGAAGAAGAAGUUGGGCCUGAGAUAG